AUGAUAGAGGAUUAUCAAACAACAAAUGAUGUUGUGGAAUCGGUCAUGACUAAUAUGUUGUUGAAGGACUUGAAUGAACUCUUAAACCUGCACGGUAAAAAGAUUGAAGAUUAUGAUCUCCCACCUUUACCCCUUGAUACAAUACAAGGAGAUUCGAUUCCAAGUGUCAUACAGGAGGAGUUAGCGGUCAAUAUCCCCAAUGAAGAUAUUGAAUCUGUUGUGAAUUUAAUAAUGACCAAGUGA